UAUGUGUACAAACAAAUUGCCUACAUGCUGAGCAACAAGCAAGUCAAAGAUGGACUUGAUAGAUCUAAAUUAUUGUAUGACAGACGACGAAGCUCUUAAGCCCAAAGCAAAAGUUUGUUUUUGUUGCUUAAAUGACAGUAAAACCUUGAUUCGAUUUCGGUUUUGUAAACACCGGAUAUUCCUUGAAAAUCAUUUUAAAGAAAAGUUGAACAUACAAAACCUAUUUGUGUGUGUCAAAUGCCACAGUUUCAUGAAAAAGAUCAAUCUGUUCUUGAGGCAAGUGGAACAGAGCUAUUCCACGCUCAAGGCAGAGAUUCCAUAUAAUAAUGCAAACAUAACCACAAAUCUCAUACGAAGUAAUAUUGAAGUAAUAUCAAACUUAAAUGAUGUCAAAGAAAUCAAAAUUGAACCUUUCACUCCACAAUUUGAAGAUGACAUUGAAAUUGAAGUUAAGCUUGAAGAAGCACCCAAUAUUAGUAAAUCAACAGUACGGAGUCUUCAAGAACCUCUACAGACUCCACAUAACAAUGUUAACAUGUCUACAAUAUUGAAUAACUAUAAUUUUAAAGUAAUAUCGACCUCAAAUGAUGUAAAAGAAAUCAAAAUUGAACCUAUCACUGCUCGAUUUGAAGCUGAAAAUGAAAUUGAAGUUAAGUUUGAAGAAGAACACAAUAUUAGUAAGGCAAUGGUACGGAGGCUUCAAGAACCUUUACAGGCUGAUCAUCCUGAAGAAUUAAAAACAUGUGACGGCAUUGAGGAUUGCUUUGGAGCCAUACUGAAGACAACAGACCUGUCGCGGACCGAGCUUGAAGCCAAGAAAGAUCUAGAAAAAACACACAGCAAAUACACAGCAAAGCUGUACAAAUGUGAAAAAUGCUUAGUUUCCUACGAUAAUGAAUUGCAUUUGAGAAAGCAUUUGCUUUUGAGGCAUAAUGAGAAAAAUCGUUACAAGUGCGACGUCUGUGACUGUACUUACGACACGGAACUCAAAUUGGAGACGCACGCCAGGAGGCAUUACCUUAGAACUGCUUACAACCACACCAUAGCAGACCGAUCUGACGAACCUAUGGACUACACGGAUCCGCCGCUACCUUCAAAGAGUAAUAUACUCACGGAAGCGCAAGACGCUGUCGCAUUCACGUCAUUCGACGAGCCAUCAACCAUAGCUGCUCCAAAAUCGAAGGCACAGAAACAACGCGAGUACAGACAGCGCAUAGCAGCAUCCAGAACAUCCGCACAGGCGAUAGCCGCUAAGAAGUCGGAUGCCGAAAGACAACGCAACCGAAGACUACGCAAAGCCGCCAAAUUGGCCCUUAUCAGUGGGUCAUUAGAAUCGAAUACUGCACCCAUUUCUCGUUCAGGGGCGAAAUCAAAUGACCUUCAAACUGGUACUAAACGAGAGCCCACACACAAGCAUAGUCGUACUUCAGCAUCAGAACCAGGUCCAAUCACUUCUGAUCAAAUUGUGAUAGAACAGACACAAUCUACUUGGAAGACUAAAUGGGCAUUCUCGAUCGUGAGGUUCAAAUCAACUUUCCUGGACAACGAUUUCGGUCACGCUUGUUCGAUUUGCGACAGGCUUUGGUUCAAAAACGACCUGAAACCCAUCACCGAGCCACAGCUGGAGGUGAUCUCGGAAUGGUUCGUCAAAGAAAAUCGAAGACCGCGCCGAGAAGAAUAUGAAAUGGUUUGCAAUACUUGUAAACGUUCACUGAACAAAAAAUCGAUGCCGCCCCUAGCAAAAGUCAAUGGAUUCUCAUAUCCAGACGAACCGCCAGCUCUACCACCCUUGGAUCCCAUCAGCGAGCGACUGAUAUCGCCGCUUCUGCCAUUUAUGCAAGUUCGUCGUCUGCGCCACGAUGCCUCUUAUGGAAUCGUAGGGCAAGUGAUCAACUUACCAACAGACGUACAGCAGAUGGUGAAAUGUUUGCCGCGCCAAUUAAACGAAGACCACGUCAUCAAUGUUAACAUCGAGCGAAAUCUUGCCCACAAAUCGGAGUACAUCAGCGGAUAUGUGUCCAAAAGUACAAUCAGUUCAUGGCUAACUGCACUGCAGGAGUCCACAUUAUAUCGUCUGUACGAAAUCAACGUGGAUUUAUCGAGGCUGCAUUCUACUGUGCCGUCUCUCGAUGACAUAAAGGAUGAUCCUUCGAACCGUAUAGAAAAUAUUUCCGCUGAAAACGCACCGGAUUCUGAAAUAUUCGCUGCAAGACAACAUACCGUGAUGUGGAAUGAAGAAGAUUGUCCGAAAAUCACACCGGGACAUCAGGCGACACCACUCAACAUCAUUUAUGACCGUCACAUUGAAGAGUUAUCGUUUCCAUCGAUCUACUUCGGAGAGCCCCGUAGUUUUCACGUGGGAGUUCCAGUAACACCUUACAUGGUGGUGACCAGUGAGAUACGUCGUCGCGACCGACGCGGAGCAACUCCUCAAAAAAUCCUGUAUGUUGCAAUGAAAAUAUUGCGGCAGCGAAUGAUGGACGGGAUUCACAGCACGUUCCGCAACGUUUCGGUCACUGAGAACAUUACGCGAGGCAUGUUAGAGGACACAGAAUUCAUGAAAGAAUAUGUCAUGCAAAACCUCGCAUUCAUGAAGACAGUGCCAAACUCAGUCCAGUACUGGGCCUCUCGCAAACGAGACCUCCUCGCGAUGAUCCGUCAGCUUGGCAAACCAACCGCCUUACUCACUAUAAGCGCCAACGAAAUACGCUGGACGAAACUGCUCACUAUACUCCUCAAACUGAGCAAGAAAUAUCCUGGGAAAACGGCAAAAGAUCUCGACACUUCUGAGCGUUGUGCUUUAGUGAGCGAUGAUCCUGUUACGUGCUGCAUAUACUUCUACAAGCUAGUUGGUUCGUUGAUGAAAAUUCUGAAAUCCAAACAGUCUUACAAUCCGUUCGGAAAAUAUUUCGUUAAAGAUCACUUCCUACGUAUCGAGUUCCAGCAGCGAGGAAGUCCACACGCACGUAUAUUGUUGUGGUUGAACGACGACCCGCGCGAGACCGUAUCGGAAAGUAUGCCAAGGACAGUCGAUCUCGUGGAAAAACUAAGUUCAGUUGCUCGGGAUGAUGUGCCAAACGAUUCUAUCUACGCCAAUCAGAUACACAAGCAUAGUUUCACUUGCACAAAGCGUGGCGAGACAGCUUGCAGAUUCGGGGUUCCGUACUGGCCUAUGCCCACGACCCGUGUACUGGUUCCGAUGCCUCAAGCUGAUGGACGCCACCAAAACCUAGAAGAGAAGGCCAAGGAGCUGCGUGCCUCUCUCGGUGAACGUCAAUACACAUCCAUGGAUGAGUUUCUUAAUGCUAACGGCUUGACUUACGUUACGUAUCUCGACAUUGUGCGUUCAACAUUGCACCGACCGACUAUAGUGUUUAAGCGAAACUUUGACGAACUAAUGACAGACACGUUCAAUCCGUACCUAGCCGGCGAAGUCAACUCUAAAAUCGACAUUCAGUUUAUCUUAGACGAGCACAGCUGCGCAGAUUACGUCGUGGAGUAUAUAAAUAGAUCAGCCCGUGGAAUGGGUGAUCUGCGUCGUGAGCUCACCACGAUGAUGCAAGAGCAUCCAGAACAGGACUACACGGGCCAAUUGAAAGCGUUAAGUGUCAAAAUGCUUAACGCAGUCGAGAUGUCGGCGCAAGAAGCAGCAUGGUAUCUGCUGCGACAACGCAUGAGCGAGGCUAGUCGUCAAAUCGUGUAUAUUCCAACCGUGUGGCCGACUGAAAGGCAGUGCUGCCGCAAGCGUCGUCAGCAAAUGGACCGCGAGGGCAUCGACGAAGACAGCACCGAUGUUUGGACCAAAAACAUAAUACAGCGAUACGAAGAACGACCUGAAUCAUUAGAACAAGUGUAUUUGGCUGAGUUCGCUUCGUGGUAUGCUAACGCUAGUGAUUUCCUUAACGAAGAAGACGACGUGCACGCGGAUGACGAUGAGGAUUCUGAAGCUAUACCUGAAACGAGAACGUCAAGAGCAUCUAAAGAAUAUCGCAGACGACCGCUCGGACGAAUCAUACGGUAUAGACGCUAUGAUAUCGAUGACACUGACAAUUAUAAACGGGAGAUGGUUCUACUUUACGUGCGGUUUCGCAACGAAAUGUCAGAGAUUGUUGAUCAAAAUAAGUUUUUGCAAUUAUUCGAUGAAAACGAAGAUACCAUUAUGGAACGGCAUAGACUAUUCGAGACGAAUAUAAACAUUGAAAACGUCGUAAAGGAACUCGAAGUGAUGACGAUUUUGGAAAACGAUAAUAACGGCAAUCAAGCAAGAAGAGGAAUCAAGAGCAGCGUUUGUCCAACGGUUGUUGGGAAAAGAUGGUGCCAAGAAAAGCGAUGAUGUUAACAAAAUCGUUCCCCGACAAGGAUUCUCAAUUGUGAAACAAAGCAGUAUUGCUAGUUUCUAAGAACCUACAACCCAGAACAACGGGAGAUCAUUCUGGAGGUCAUACUUCGAUUACAUGGUAGUGGAGAUGACACUUUGUGGUGCUCUAGUUCAGCUGUUCUCCGAAAAAUAAACCAUCG